CUGUGUUAAUCUCAUUCCUUAACUCAUCAGAAGUUCAAAUUUUCAAACUCCCCAAUAGAAGGCUCUAGAGUCCUUUGAAAUUCAACCCCAACGCACCCCUUAAAAAGGUGGCUUCCUCGGGCCAUUUGUCUCAAGUUCACCAAAUUCUCCCUCUUCUUUUCUCUCUCCCCUGCAACAUUGAAGAGACGCCCCUCUUUUUUCCUGUCGUUCCCUCCCUUUCUUUCUCCAAGUACUUGAAAAAAAUAAAGCAAGAAAAAAGAGUUGGAUUCCGAUAUAGGAGCACAUGGGAUGGGUACCUUAGUGGGGCAUGUUGCACCAGGUUUUGCCUUCUUUGCACUUGGUUUUUGGCAUCUCUUUAAUCACAUCAGGCUCCAUUCUCUCCACCCAAAUUCCUAUGCAUCUUCCCCAUGGUUCCCAACAUCCAAAUUACGGCACAUAGAGCUGUUCCUGAUCAUGGUAGGCUCCGCAGUCUCCAUCUCCAUGGAACUCUUUAUUGGCCCUGAAAGGCACCAGCCUUUUGAUACUGAUGGAACCAUCCCAUCAAAUCAUCUCCACAACUUUGAGCAUGCUUCUAUAUCACUGACUUUCUUUACUUACGCAGCUUUUGCUAUACUCCUUGAUAAAAUUAGCCCCAAAGCUAAGUAUAGCCUAACACAGUUUCUUGGAGCAGUAGCCUUUGCCCAACAGCUACUCCUUUUCCACCUUCAUUCAGCUGAUCACAUGGGGAUUGAGGGUCAAUAUCAUUUGCUUCUACAGAGUGCCAUAGUUGUUUCUUUAGCCACCACCCUUAUGGGAAUUGGGCUCCCUAAGAGCUUCAUGGUCAGCUUUAUUAGGUCUCUCAGUAUUUUGUAUCAAGGUGUGUGGCUCAUAGUCAUGGGGUACAUGCUUUGGAUUCCACAGUUAAUUUCUAAAGGCUGCUUCAUCCACUCGGAAGAGGGUCACCAGGUGGUUAGAUGCUCGAGCGAUGAGGCACUACACCGAGCUAAAUCACUAGUAAAUAUUCAAUUUAGCUGGACCUUGAUAGCUGUCACCAUUUUUGCAAUGACUUACUAUUUGGUAUUGGUUAAAUUAUAUGGAGAAAAGGUUCAGUAUUCGACACUGACAAAGGAAGAAGACCUGGAACUUGAAGAAGAUUCUGAUGAUGUUGAAUCUCAGAAGGAGAGAAAACAUGGGGAGCCCGAAAGCUUUAUUCAUAUGGGAAAAGGAUAUGCAGUUAUGGACAUUGAAAGGUAGAUUAAAGACAAAUGAAAAAGGAAGAAUUAGAUAUCAAUUAGGUGUGUGUACAAAGUUAGUAUGGUGGAAAUUCCACUUGGUUUUAUUAAUUAAGCUUUGCAAUAAUUGGGGCUUAAUGACAGCAAAAUGUCUUGUGGGGAGGAGGGGUUGAAAAAAGUGUGUUGUGAAGUUGGUUGGUUAAUUUGAAUUCAUCGGCUUUGAGGUUAGGGUGAUUUCAUCGUGAUUGUAUGUAUACUGAAAAUUAAUAAACAAAGAAAGAAUUUAUUUAUGAUA